GCGUACGUAACAGUAUAUAUAUAUAUAUAUAUGUAUGUAUUUACUACCUUAAUUGUGGGUCUCGAGAUUCGAGUACGGCAGGGUUAAAAGCGCGACUUCCGGCAGCCCGUUUCCCCAUUGCGUUGUUCUUCGCUUUCUUUUCGCAUUUCGGGUUCAAACAGCACACGACUGAUCCGUCGCUACUUUCCUCCGUCGUUAAAAGGGACUCGCGUAAGGACUUAUUUUGUGUUCUUGCGCUCUAGUUAGCGCGCGAUCAAUUCGGACUCACCCGGUGUCGGUGCACGAGUUGCAGGCGAUCGAUCAAUGCAUCUUUUCCCUUAGCACUUGCAUCUCCAUUACCCCUCCUCCCCCCCAAAAGCGCGCAGCCAGCUCUUUUGCACACAUCGGGUUAACGGCCUGCCAUCGCAGAAGGAGAGAGCGAGGAAACAAAUAAAAAGAAGAGGGAGUUAGGAAAGUCGCAGUCAUGGCCAUUUCAACCUGUCAGCUGGAAGUGGACACCACGCUGCCGUUGGUGUGCAUCUGCACCCUGCUGUCCUUCCUCUGCGGCGUCGGCAUCGGUGCCAACGACCUCUCCGCCAACUUCGCCAUGGUGGUGGGCAGCGGCUCUCUCAACAUGCGACAGGCAAUCAUCUACUGCACCGUCUUUGAGCUGCUCGGUGCCGCCUUCAUGGGCGGACACGUCAGCAGCACGAUCCGCAACGGCAUCGUCGACGGCGCCCUUUUUGCGAGGAACAAAGAUGUCGUGGUGGUCGGCAUGACCUGCGCCACCUUCGCGGCGGCGCUGUGGCUGUACCUGUCGACGGUGUUCGGCCUCCCUGUCUCGAUCACCCACACCGUCGUCGGCUCCAUCCUCGGCUUUGCCAUCUUUGCCUCGGGUGGUUUCACGUAUGUGAAGUCGAGCGGGUUGGUCGUAAUUGUCAUCUCGUGGCUCGCCGCGCCGCUCGUCGCGUGUGCGGUGACGGCUCUCAUUUUCUAUUACAUGCGCCGCGACAUCUUCAAGAAGAAAGGGCGCUCGUUCGAGCGGGCGCUGAAGGUGCUGCCGUACUGCCUCUUCUCCUCCUUGUUGGUGGACUUCUUUUUUGUUUUAAUUGAGGCGCCGCCCAUCAUGUCGCUGACCUUUGCCGCCUACGUGCCACUGGCUGCACAGUACCUCAUCCUUCUCGCCUUUAUCUUUCUCUUCUGCUGGUUGGCCACCGUUUUCGCCUUUCCCCAGGUCGCGGAGGCCGCGCAGGAAGCGCGCUCCUUUGUGUGGGAGAGUGAGGCGCUGCGCACUGAACCGGUGGAACCGGCCGCCAGCAGGCGCAAGUCGGAGGAGCUGAAAAACUUAUCCUUCUUCAAGCCGAAGCACGACAGCGGGGCGGAGGGCGUUCCCCCGAAGCGGUGCACCAGUGGCCUCUCGAAUGCGACGACACGCAGCGCGACGCCCGCACCUGCACCUCCACCGUCAUCGUCAUCCGCGCUGCCAGAGCCGCACGACCUGCUGGCAACGAGCUCCGUGUCCAUGGAGGUGGUGCCGACGUCGGAGGCGGCAGUGCACAUCCAGGACCCUCACCCGAGAGCCGGCUCCAACCUCGCGACGGAAGCCUCGCUUGUGUUGUCCUCCAUUGUCGCCUCAGACAAUCCGGUGGUGCACAAAGGCGGGGCGGUGCGCCUUGCCCCGGUGCGGACCUCGCGGACGUUGUCACCCGCACCGCACACGCAGCUUUCCGGAUCCAACUUCGCUUGUGUGAGCUCCGUUCCGAUGAGCGAGGUGAGCUACCUGCCAGGCCACAACGUCGAGGCGUCGAACCAGGAGGAGCGUGAGACGUGGCCGCUGCACACGGCCGCCGUGGACGACUACGGCAGCACGAACAACACGAACGUCUCCAAAAGCAGUUAUCGAGAGGCGGAGAUGGUCGACCCGAGGACGCCCGCCUCCGUGCACAGCGAGGACGAGUUCGGCGAGGACGACUGGGACAUGGACCACCCCAUGCAGCCCAUCCGCUUCGGUGGAAUUCUCAUCAAGCCCUUCAACCCACGUGCGGAGUACCUCUUCACCGGCUUGCAGGUGGUGGCGGGCAGCAUGUCGAGCUUCGUCCACGGCGCCGUGGCGGGCGCCAACGCCACCGCUACCUUCGUCAUUUUGUACGACGCCUUCACGGAUCACGAGCUGGAGACACCGGGCUUGAGCUCGCGGUGGUCCGUGCUGCCGGCCAUGCUGGGCAUCGCCAUUGGCAUGUUUGGCCUCGGUGCGAGCCUCAUGAAGACGGUCGGCAUGGAGCUGGUGACGGUGACGCCGGCGCGGGGGUGGUGCAUCCAAACCGGUGGCACCCUCGUCACAAUGAUCCUCACCGGCAUCGGCAUUCCCGUUUCGCUGUCGCAGUCGCAGAUCGGCGCAGCUAUCGGGUGCGGGGUGCUGGACGCCAAACUUGGCGGUGUAUCGUGGGGCAUCGUAACGAAGGUGGUGACGGGCUGGGUGGUGACACUGAUCAUUAGCGCGCUAACCACAGGCGUCUCUAUGUGGGUUGUAUCAGCGUUGCUGUGCGCUUAG